GUUAGCUAGUUACCGACGUUAGCCCUUUCAUUUCCUGAAUCCUGAAUCAAGGCAACUUUAGCGAAGCUGAGCGUUUAUUGGUUUAUUAUUAUUUAACAUCGCUUUGCUCGAUAUGUUUCUUUAAAAAGAGCUCAGUCGGACUUGAGUUGUUAUGUCUGAGCAGCACUAACUUUAGCUCAUCAGCAAAAACAACCCACACCCUCAAUAUGUUCUUUCCCUUAUCUCUUUGCUGUCUUUUCUUCAGGUCGGGUCAUGGAGUUUGCAGAGUUGAUAAAGACACCCAGGGUGGACGGGGUCAUCCUCCAUCGGCCUUUCAUGCCCACUGUGGAGGGGACACUGUGCUUGACUGGUCACCACCUGAUUCUCUCCUCCAGACAGGACAACACUGAGGAGCUGUGGCUGCUUCACUCAAACAUCGACUCCAUUGAGAAAAGAUUUGUGGGCUCCCUGGGAAGCAUCAUCGUCAAAUGCAAAGACCUGAGGGUGAUCCAACUCGACAUUCCUGGCAUGGAGGAGUGUCUCAACAUUGCCAGUUCUGUUGAGGCUCUGUCCACGCUUGACAUACUCUCCCUGAUGUAUCCUUUCUUCUACCGGCCCAUGUUUGAAGUCAUAGAAGAUGGCUGGAAUUCAUUUCUUCCAGAGGAUGCCUUUAAAGAUUUGGAGACCAUGACCGAUGAAUGGCGACUGAGUGAAGUCAACAAGGACUUCACUGUAUGUCCAUCAUACCCCCCUUUAGUGGCAGUGCCCAAAGAUGUCGAUGACGACACACUCAGGAAAGUAGCCACCUUCCGUCACAGCGGCCGUUUUCCGGUGCUUAGCUACUACCACAAGAAGAAUGGCAUGGUGAUGAUGCGAGCAGGGCAGCCUCUGACGGGCACCAAUGGACGACGCUGUAAGGAAGACGAGAAGCUGAUCAAUGCCACACUGCGACCGGGAAAACGUGGCUACAUCAUCGACACUCGCACCAUCAAUGUUGCCCAGCAGGCCAAAGCUCGAGGUGGAGGGUUCGAGUCUGAGGCUAACUACCCCCAAUGGAGGAGGAUUCACAAGGCAAUUGAAAGGUCUAAUAUCCUCCAAGAGAGCCUGAUAAAACUGGUAGAGGCCUGUAACGACCAGUCCCACAGCAUGGACCGCUGGUUAAGCAAGCUCGAGGCUUCCAACUGGCAGACUCAUGUCAAGGAGAUCCUCACCACCGCCUGCCUGGCUGCCCAGUGUAUCGACAGGGAGGGAGCGUCGGUCCUCGUUCACGGCACAGAGGGGACAGAUUCCACCCUGCAGGUGACCUCCUUGGCUCAGAUCAUCCUUGAUCCGGCCUGCAGGACCAUCAGAGGCUUCCAGGGCCUGGUGGAGCGAGAGUGGCUCCAGGCGGGUCACCCGUUCCACCACCGCUGCGCCCAGUCGGCCUUCUCCAACAGCAAGCCUCGUCAAGAGGCUCCCGUCUUCCUCCUCUUCUUGGACUGCGUGUGGCAGAUCCUUCACCAGUUUCCAUGUUCCUUUGAAUUCAGCGAGAGCUUCCUGGUGCUGCUCUUUGAUCACGCCUAUGCUUCUCAGUUUGGCACCUUCCUGGGCAACAGUACAGCUGAGCGAGCCAAACUGUCUUUGCCUGAGAAGACUGUGUCCCUUUGGUCGUGGGUGAACCGGCCACAAGAACUGGAGCGUCUGACCAACCCACUCUACGAGGCCAACAGUCUUGUGAUCUGGCCCUCUGUGGCCCCUCAGAGUCUUCUGCUGUGGGAAGGAGUCUUCCUCCGUUGGAACCGCUCCUCCAAGUGUUUGGACGAGGCCUACGAGGAAAUGGUUCAUAUAAUCGAAUACAACAAGGAGCUUCAGAACAAGGUUAACAGCCUGCGCAGGCAGCUGGCCCAGCUGGAAACUGAAGAUCCUCUGCUGCAGACGCCCGAGUGAGAGUGAGAGUGAGAGAGAGAGAGAGAGUGUGAGAGCUGUGAAGGGAAGCAAGAUGGAAGAAAGAGGUAAAAACAAAUGUGAAAUUAUAACGAAAUACAUUCACGAAUCAUUGUCCCAGCUUUAGGCUUUUGUCCGUCUCUUCUCCAAGACAUGAGAACAUAAUAGAAAAUGUAAUGGAAAUGCACUAAACCCAGACCAACUUCAAAAUCAAUCACUCGAUUUGAUUUUCCAUGCAUCCGGUUAUCUUUCACACAGUUUAUACCACUGAAUGGGCUUCAAGAGUGCCUUGAUUCAUAAAAAACUAAACAAUUGUCAGAUUAAAUGAUAAUACAUUAGAAUUGUUAAUUCCUUCCUUCCUGUGUGUGAAGUAAAAAAUAAAAGAAACCCUCUUCAGUAGCUUAAAAUCCACAUUCGCAGCAGGCUCAUCAAACCCCCGCGUCUCACACGCAGCUGAACAUUCAGCGACUGAGUCCAUUUAAAUGUGUUUUAAUAGAGCCCCGCGUAUUGUUGGGCAUCGAUCUCGUUCAGGACGGCAUAUACUGCAGAGUUCCGGUUUUCCCCAAAACAUCCUGCUGAAUGUAUAUGGCACUGCAGCGUAACUAUGGCAACAUAUAGGGUGAUAUAAGGCAUCAUGUGACUUUGCUGCACGAUGAGAUGAUAUAAUAAGCGUGGGUGUGGCCAUCGUCUUCUGUGCUGUACAAUGAAAAGGCUUUUUUUUAUUAGGGACCUGAACUAAAUAUCGUGUAUGUUUAUCUCAUCGUUACUUGACAUUCCAUUCAGGAGCACAGCUGGAGGUCCUCCACACACAACCUUAGACAUCCUAGCUUGCCUGGUUGUGUGGUUCCCCCCCCCCCCCCCCCAAUCUGAUUAAGCAUAAUACAAAUGUAGUAAAAUAUGUUUCAGAGUGUGAUCCAGAAGAAGAAAACAGAAGGGUCUUGAUCCCACAGUUCCAUUGGCCAUGUUGGUCAUAUGAUUGAUGAGGGUUGAUCACACAGAGGCCUGCUGAUAAAGUGAAAACAUUAUAUUUAUGUGAGAUAUUUCUUUGAAGACCAAUUUAUAUCUCGGUCAUUAAAGUCAUGCGAUAAUUGUUGAUAAGUGUUUAAGCACAUUAUUGAACGAAAUCUGCUGUUUUCUAGUUUAAAUCCCAAACCGUUGCACUUUUGUGCGAAAGGCAUUAAACAAUAUCCGAAAGAUACAAUGAGAAUUCUUUUAGCGUACUUUUUGCGGUCCGUACUUACCGGCUGUAGCCAUAUUCGACAAUAUGACGUCACUUUAAAUGUUAAAACAUGCCAAUACAUCGACAAACAAACUCAAGAUAUCGGACUACAAAUGACACAAACGCUAUUUCAUGGGGACAUUCCCGUCAGUGAAUAUUUUCACCAAAGCCACAUUUAUACCCUGUUGUUGCCUCCAAACCUUUAAUUGCCCUCUCUAGAGAAGCAGAUAAACCGGAAAGGUCUGCUUAGUUUCCAAUCGCAUAAUACUAUUGAGAAAGUGAUAUGCUGCACUUUAAGUAGUAAUGUAUAUGGCAGUUUCGGGGUUAAAUUAUAUCUACAGGGGUCUUCCAUGUCCAGUUUUGCCAGUAAGAAUUAGCAUCUUCUUGUGUCCAGGAUUUGAUAAACACUAUCGUGAACUGAUCCCAGCCACUACAUUACAAUGCUCUAUAAAGGGAAAGUUGUUUAUAGCUGCACUAUAUGCAUGUUUUCCUUUUGCCAAAACAAACAACGACAGACACUGUACCUACCGUUGAUUUGUGUGUGUGUGUGUGUGUGUGAGCGUGUGUGUGUGUGUGCAUGAAUGGAAUGAUGCAUUAUAUCCCGGUAAUGGUUUGAUUUACAAUUGUGCAAAAUUCCCUGUGCUUGCAUUAUGCUUAAUGUUAUCCUGUAAAAUGAUGUUGCUUUGUCAAAGUCUACAACUCUAUGGUGUUUGUGCAACGCCUUACUGCGAGAACAUAAUUCAAAAUGUACUUUUAUCGUCUUUUAUCACUGUCUCUGUAAAAUUAUAUUAUUGUUGAAAGGAUUAAGUCUCGUUGUUUUUUUAAGUUUGAAGCCAUUAAAAAUUAUAGCACACAA